AUGGUUGUCUUGGGUUCCAAAUGGAUCAGUAAGGGGCAGCUGGGCCGCAUUUUUUUCUCUUUUCCCUCUUUCUUUCACGAGCAACAUCAGCACCACCAUAAACAACAGCAGCAGCAGCAGCAUGAGAUGAAAAAAAAUCUUUGGAGAGAUAACGAAAUAUUUCGGGUUGAGAAUAAAGCACUCCGCAAAGAGAAUAAGCUCCUUUGGAUAGAAAACAGGGAUCUUCAAGGAGAAAAUAAAACCUUCCGAAUAGAAAACCAGAUACUUCGGGAAGCCAACCAAUUCCUUAGACAACAAAAUCAGAUCUUCUGGGAGGAGAAGAAGAUUAUUUGGGGGAACAAGAAAGCCCUCAGAGAAAAAAGUAAUGCCUUGAAUAAGGAAAAAAAAGCUUUGGGGGGACAGAAUAGAGCCCUUCAAGCACAGAUCAGGGCUCUCCAGGAGCAGGAGAAAGCUUUCCAAAAUGAGGAAAAAGCUCUUCAAGAAGAGAUCAUAUCCCUCCAUGAGGAGAUCAAGGCCCUCCAGCACCAGGAAAGCGCCCUGAAUAUGGAGGAGCAGGCCCUGUGGAAUGAGGGCAAGGCCCUGCGUAUGGAAGAGCAAGCUUUGUGGAAGGCAGAGUAUGCUCUUCGGGAGGAGAAUAAGGCUCUCAGGGAGGAGAGCAAUGCCCUGCAGGAGGAGGAGAGUGCCCUUCGAGAGGAGGCCAAGUUGCUUCAAGAGUGGAAUAAGAUGCUGGAGGGAAAUGGAGAGGAAGAGCCAGCUAGCUGUGAAAAUGGAGACUAG